UUCCCGACACGUACCCGCUCUUCGGUGUUGCUGUGGUGGCUCUGUGGGCUGCAUCUCCGGAGGGAGGCUGGUGCGCUCCGGAGAGACGGACGGUCCGUUUCUGCCAGUGAAAACACGGAGGUACUAAGCCUAAACCCGGGAGGAUGGUGAUGGACUGAGCUGAUCCGACGUCUGAGAGGUUUUUAGGGCCCGAUGGAAGCUGCGACACAUCUGGACCUGGAACGUCUGGAUCCCGGCUCCAGCUUCAGUCUGGACUAAAGAGCCGAGCUCAUCACCGGGGGUUCGGUGUAUUUGUUUUCUUCUUUUAGUUUUUGCCCUUUCCUCACAGAUAAACGGUCCUGAUUGAGAGUUUGAAGGAGCAGGCGGAUCCCCCUCCUCCUCCUCCCCCUGCUGGUCUGGAUUAAAGCCCAUCAGGAUCAUGAAUCAUCCCCCCUCCAUGACUCUAAUCUGGGUUUUACCGAGCUGGAUUUAAAUCUGAGAUCUGAUCGGGAUUACUCUGUUCCUGGUUCUGAUCGGGUCACAUCUGGCCCGGUCUGAACCGGUCCCGGAACUGGUGUGAUCUUUGACUCGGUCCCGGUCUUCUUGGUACUGGUUUGGGGGAGGUCUGCUAUCAUCAUGCCGACGUCCCGGCCUGGUUCGGAGCCGGUGGAGUUCUGGGUGGACGGAUCAAGGCGGGACGGGACGGUGGAGGAGUUCUACACCCUGAGCUCGGAGCUGGGCAGAGGAGCGACUUCUAUUGUGUAUCGCUGUGAGGAGAAACAGACCCAGAAGCCCUACGCUGUCAAAGUGCUCAAGAAAACGAUUGACAAGAAAAUUGUUCGCACCGAAAUCGGCGUUCUGCUGCGUCUUUCUCACCCAAACAUUAUCCAGCUGAAGGAGAUCUUUGAGACAGACACAGACAUUGCUCUGGUGCUGGAGUUGGUGACUGGAGGAGAGCUCUUUGACCGGAUUGUGGAGCGUGGUUACUACAGUGAGAGAGAUGCCGCUCAUGUCAUCAAGCAGAUUCUGGAGGCUGUGGCGUAUUUACAUGAGAACGGCGUUGUGCAUCGUGACCUUAAACCAGAGAAUCUACUGUACGCCGACCUGUCUCUGGAUGCUCCGCUGAAGAUAGGUAACAAACUCUCUACAUCUGAAUACAACAGAAUGACAAGUUUAUCAUGUUCCAACACAAGUUGUGGAAAAUAUUUUCUGUUAUCAUCGACCACGCUGUCUGCUAUCAUCAGUGGUGAAACAACUCUGCUUGCAGCUCCAGAGAUCCUGCGGGGAAAUGCCUACGGCCCUGAGGUGGACAUGUGGUCGGUGGGCGUGAUCCUCUACAUCCUACUCUGUGGGUUUGAGCCCUUCUUCGACCCAAGAGGGGAUCAGUACAUGUAUAGUCGUAUCCUCAACUGUGACUAUGAGUUUGUUUCUCCGUGGUGGGACGAGGUCUCCCUCAAUGCUAAGGACCUGGUCAGUAAGCUGAUUGUCCUCGACCCUCACAAGCGCCUCAGUGUCCGGGAGGCCCUGCAGCACCCCUGGGUGCUGGGCAAAGCUGCCCGGUUCUCUCAUAUGGACACGACCCAGAGGAAACUACAGGAGUUCAACGCUCGACGCAAACUUAAGGCGGCCAUGAAAGCUGUCGUGGCCACAAGUCGGAUGCAUGAAGGUUCGCGGCGUCGCACAGACAGCUGUGACAUUCCAGGUUCAGGGGCUUCCAGGCAGAGCAGCAUGCAGCAGGACCCGCCUCCUGAGUCUGCAUGCUCCACCCAAAAAGACAAAGAGGCUCCACCUCCUGACCAGCAGUUGCCACAGGAAGUUGAAUCGAAGUCUGCUGACCCAAACGCCCUCAGCCCCUCUCCUCCACACAGCCCCAAACUACCCAGCUCUGAUGUCACACCCACAGGGCCCAUCCCCACCAGACCGCCACUGCGCACUGAUGGGCUGCGACAAGUAUCUGUAAUCCCUAAAAGCAUGCUGGUCCAACCCCGGCUGCCGCAGAAAAGCUGCUCUGCCAUAGAGCCCACCCCCAGAGUUGGGGCCACACCCACACUGGGCUCACCCCCGAGUCCCAACAACCUCAGCAAUGGCUUCACAUCUGGGGCGGAGCCUACCAGUAAGACCACCCACUGCCAGUGAUCACAUGGCAAAAAUAAAAAAUUCUUGACUCGUUCAGCUUUCAGCAUCUAAAUUAACUUAUUUGGACCAAAUUACAGUAAAUCUGCAGUUCACAUCGCACAUUAACCCGCAUCACCACACGUCUGCGAUCUCUUUAGCUUACAUGCUAACAGAUACUGAUUCAUGGAGGGUUCGCUGGACAUUUCUAAAGAUGAGCAGGUGUUUUAUCUUCUGUUUUUUAGUAUAAAGGCCUUCGAUUUCUCCCAUCAGCGCUCGUUUAUGUGAGGGUUGACUAAAAACACAAGAAAUGUAAUGAAUGUGAAUUGUGUCUGUUUAGCACUUCAGUCUCAGUAGCAUUGUCGAGCUUGUUUGCUCAUUUUCACUGAGACAGUGUUACGCUAAGUCAGAGACAAAUAACCAGCAUGCUGAUGAGCAGUUAUCACGGCCGUGCACAUCUGGACUGGAGGGCGUGUUAGCAUUUUAUCUCACCCACUGCAGCACUUCAUCAAGUAGCUCUGAAUUAUUCAGCACAUCAGCAAAACUCAAUAUAUUUUUGCAAAGACUCAACAUAUUUGGAAAAAAUUCGAAUAAUAAAAUAACUCGUAAGAGCUACAAUUUAUUUGUCUUACCACAGAAAUGAACCAG